CAACAACUGUGGCAUUGUGGGUAUUGAUUGUUAUUUUGUGUAGUUUGCAUUUGCUCAGUCAGUGGAGUUCAGAAAAAGAAGAAAAAUCAAUAAGUAUAGCUGAAUUUUAUUUUUGUACACGAACACAACAACGACGAUUGAGAAGCUACCUACCUAUUAAGAUAAUAGGGGCGACGGCGCAGAAUUGAGAAAAUUCUCUUUAAAGAGAAUUAUAUUUGACUGUAUUGAGUGUCGGUGUAAAUUCCUCUCCGCAACGAGUGUCGGCGAUAUUUUUGUAUUCUUUGUGUUGGCAGUUUUACUUGAAGUUUCAACCCUAGUGAGUGCAAGACGGAAAAUUAUGAGUGUGACCAAAGUACUUUUCGACGAUCGUAUCAAACCAAAAAAUGUUCUUGCUCUGAAUGAAAAAGUUGCAGCUAUUCGCCGCUAUGAGGCCGAUCCGGUUUAUAAGAAAAUCGGACGGAUGUUCAACUGUAGUCCGGAUCAAAUAAAACGGAUUGUCAAGCAGAAAGAUGAAAUUCUCGCGGAAUGGGAAAACCGAACGCGAAAGCCAGUCCCACCAACUCCGCAUGAAAUCAAAACCGUAAGGAUAUCGGUUUUGGGAAAGGCAGUUCAUGAAUGGAUUCGCCGCAUUAUGUAUUAUACGGAUUUCAAUUUGAAUGAUACUCUCAUUCAAACGAUGUCGUUGGAGUUUUCCAAAGCUUUGAAGUUGCCAAAAUUCUAUCCGAACAAAGAAUGGAUUCAGAAUUUUAGAGCAACCUACAAUUUGCCAGAUGCCAAUACAAAAACAAUGUCGAUUGGUUAUCAGGAGAGUCAUUCGGUACAAAUCCGAGAUAUUCUGCGGUAUGUUAAAGAGGUUUGUGGAACAAAAGAUGUGAUAGUUGUUGAUGAUGGUGAUAAUUCGAGAAGCUCAACAGGUGUAACGGCGAGUUUUGCCGAGAUAGAAGUUGAAGAAAUCAAAAACCAAACAGAUAAGAGUAAUUUCUAUGGAGACAUCGUUAUGAAAGUUGAAGAACGAAAUUGUAAACCAUCCAGUUCUAUAACAACUCAAAAUGUCGUAAUGCCAGAAGAAAAUCCAAACGCAGAUUUUUCAAUGCAAAUUGAUAUGGACACAACUAACUACCAGCCUGCUCAAAUAUCCCAACCACAGCCAGAGCCGGAAGAAAAGAAAACAGAUAUUAAGACUGAGCCUGAAACUAUGCCUUCGCCUGCACCAAAGCCAGCAUCACAAGAACCAGAACCGCAGUCAAAGCCUGAACCGCAGUCAAAGCCUGAACCGCAGUCAAAGCCUGAACCGCAGCCAGAGCCAGAGAAAAAGCCUGAACCAGAACCGGAAGAGGAACCAAUUGCCAUUUACUCUCAUGAGGCCGCUAUAAGUUGUGUCAAGCUGCUAGAAGAUUUUGCAUUGAUGAAAGAAAAUUUCAGGCUUAUUGGUCUUAUUGAAAGACUUGAAGAAGCACUGAAUGAGAAGUCCCAAAAGUAAUUUAAGGCAUGAUUUUUUAAGUUGUUUUGUUAUAGUAUACCUACAAAUAUUUUAACUUUUUAAAGAGCUGUUAUAAACUUACUUUUUAAAAAUGACUAAGGUUUGAAAUAAAAAAAAUAUUAUAUUUUUAUAAAAUAAAUGUUGGUUUUUAUAGAAUUGAA